AUGAGUACCAUGAAAUUCUGCCGCGAGUGCAACAACAUUCUUUACCCGAAGGAGGACAGGGAGCAGAAGAUGCUCCUCUACGCUUGCCGGAACUGCGACCACCAGGAAGUUGCUGAGAACUACUGCGUGUAUAGAAAUGAGGUGCAUCACUCUGCAGCAGAACGGACCCAGGUAUUGCAAGAUGUAGCUGCUGAUCCUACUCUUCCUCGCACUAAAGAUGUUCAAUGUGCUGAGUGUAAGCAUCAUGAAGCUGUGUUUUUCCAGGCAACGGCCAGAGGAGAGGAAGGUAUGACGCUGUUCUUCGUCUGUUGCAACCCAAAUUGUGGGCAUCGCUGGAGAGAUUGA